AACGGUCCUGAUUCAUUCGUGUCUCCCUCACGGUCGCCGUGGAGUAGCUUAAAAACCCUAAAAAAGGGCUGCCAGCGCUUCCGCCUUCCUCGCUCCGGUACUUCCCUCGGCCGUCUUUGUCCGCCGCUAGGGUUUCCUCACGGAAAAAGUGGUGAAGUCACCUGAAGGCAAAAAAGAAUGGUUCUGAAGACAGAACUUUGUCGUUUUAGUGGUGCUAAGAUAUACCCUGGAAAGGGCAUUAGAUUUGUUCGAUCUGACUCCCAGGUCUUUCUUUUUGCCAACUCAAAAUGCAAGCGCUACUUCCACAACCGUCUGAAGCCUGCGAAGCUUACCUGGACAGCUAUGUAUAGGAAGCAACACAAGAAGGACAUUCAUGCUGAAACUAUCAAAAAGAAACGCCGUGCCACAAAGAAGCCAUAUUCAAGAUCAAUUGUUGGUGCUACCCUGGAAGUUAUACAGAAGAGGAGAACUGAGAAAUCCGAGGUUCGCGAUGCUGCCAGAGAAGCAGCUCUUCGUGAGAUCAAGGAGCGUAUAAAGAAGACCAAGGAUGAAAAGAAAGCUAAGAGGGCAGAGCUGAUGACAAAAACCCAGAAGACCCAGACAAAGGGCAGUAGCGUGGCUAGAGCUCCUAAAGGCCCAAAGCUUGGUGGUGGUGGUGGUGGGAAGCGAUGAACAUCUUUGCUUGUUUCUCCAAUUUUUGCUUUUUCAGUUGUAUUUUGCAAAACCAAGUCUAUUACUUGAUUUUUCUUAUCAAUCACAUGGUUGAGACACACUGCUUUGUUGUGA